GCCUGGUGUGUGCAGGAGACCCCGGCACAAGACCAGGUAGCAGAGCUUCCUGAAGAGACCGCGGAGUCGCGGAAGCUGCGGCAGCAGUGUGAGGAUGCGCUCCGAAGCGUGACAGAGGUUCGCCAGGAGUUGGCAGCAGCAGGUGUGCGAGAGACACGACUUCGCGAGGCGCUGCGCUGCCGCUCCGCUGCGCUGCUGCGACUGGCGUCACACCUUACGAAGGCGAAGCAAGGCGGCGACGACAUCAAGCCGCCUGUGCCCUGUGGGGAGGCGUGGU